AUGCCAACGGCCGCAUCCGCCCGCGCCCCGAGCAGCAGCCCGCCGCCGCACGUGACAGUGUAUAGGACACACCCCGUCCCAUUGGAUUACCCAUCCAUAUUAACAGAAAUCCACCGGAACGCCCCAAAAGCGUCUGGCGGAGUGGGACUAUUAGUGAAGCAGAGUGUUGUAAAUGAAUAUGACGUUGCUAUUGUGGAUCGAGUUUACGACGGAAUAAUCGCAGUAUCGUUUACCAACAAGGCUACGGGAUCCGAUUUCAUAGUAUUUUCAUGUUACUUACCGCCGGAGGGUUCUACAAGAGGACGUGAUGCACAGGGAUUCUUCGCCCACCUACUAACACAGAUAUACGCCCAUGCAAAUUAUGAUCAGAUGGUUGUUUGCUCGGACUUCAACGCUAGAAUAGGCUCAUUAUCCGAUUUACUGACUGAAUGUGAUAUUAUACCGGAGCGAACGUGCAUUGAUAAGAAUAUUAAUCAGCAUGGUCAUGAUUUAAUUGAAUUCCUAUGUGACUCCAAAUUCUGUGUACUUAAUGGCCGGUUUAAACCAGAAGAGGAUAAUUUCACAUCCAUCUCGCGCAAAGGAAAAGCUGUAGUAGACUUUAUAUGUGUACCACAUGACGUAUUUCACUGCUGUAGAAACUUUAAAGUCAUAAACCUGACUGAUAUCAUUGACCAACAAGGAUUACAUGGAUUACUCGGUGAGCGUUCACGCAUCCCUGAUCACUGUGCAUUAAGUGUAAAGAUUGAAACGGACUAUAAUGCGCAAUUAUAUGGGCCAUCAACGGUUUCUCUUACCCCCCGCGAAGCACGCUAUAAUCUUCGUCGGAUACCUUCUGACUUUAUGGACAGUGAUAGAGUCAAAACGGCGCUUAUAUCCCUUAUCACGCAAAUUGAAAUCUCGAGGGAGACACAGGAAAAUAUAGAUUGCAUAUAUCAAUUACUCUGUGAUGUAAUUAUAUCUGAAAUGAAUGAAAAGAUUCCAAAAUUAGCGAGUACAAAACGAACAUCAAAGAAACGUAAACAUGCCAAGCCAUAUUGGAACGAAGAACUGCAAAAUCUCUGGAAUAAAUUGAGAGAAAGUGAAAACAAAUUCCUUAAGUGCAGGAAUGAUAGGACAUUGCGCGCACGUUUACAUUCGGAAUAUGUUUUGGCUAGAAACACGUUCGACCGGCUCUUGCAUAAAACAGAACGGGCAUAUAGAAGAGACAAAGCCAUUGAAAUUGAGACAUUUGAGGCAAACAACCCUAAAGAAUUCUGGGAAAAAAUAAAAAAGUUAGGGCCAAGGCGAGAAUCGCGCAUACCUAUGGAAGUUUAUGACACUGAUGGUUCUGUUACCAGUGAUGAAACGAAAGUGUUUGAACGGUGGAAAAAUGACUUUAAGGACUUGUACAACUGCAAGGAAUCGGAUAGUUUUGACGAUAUUCACUACGAUCGUGCAAAGAUACACAAGACUUUAAUUGAGAAUAACAUGGCUGACCCCCUUUACGUCACGAACGAAUCAUUGAAUAUUAACGUUUCAUUGGAUGAGAUAGCUUCAAUUAUACAGAAAAGUAAAUCCGGCUCGGCAUGUGGAAUAGACAAUUUACCGUAUGAUGUGUUGAAAAACCCGCCGGUUAUUGCCGUGUUACAACAGUUAUUUCAGUUAAUAUUCGAUACUAGUAAAAUCCCAUCAAUAUGGAGAAAAGCAAUCAUUUAUCCAAUAUUGAAGGACCCACAAUCAAAUAAAAGGACCCCAAUGAACUAUAGAGGGAUUAGCCUACUAUCGUGUGUCAGUAAACUGUAUACGGCGUUUUUAAAUAAACGCUUAACAAAAUACCUAGAGACGGGCAAUCUCCUUGCUGAUGAGCAGAACGGGUUCCGGGCGAACAGAUCGUGUGAAGAUCACGUUUUUACUCUUAGUAGUGUUGUAAGAAACAACAAGAAUGUCUAUGCAGCGUUUAUUGACUUGAAACGUUGUUUCGAUUAUAUUGACAGGGACAUGUUAUUGUACAAACUGUUACUAAAUCAUAUCGAUGGAAAGUUUUAUAACUCUGUCAAGAAUAUCUAUGCGAGUUCGUCAUCUUGUGUCCGGCUCAACAACUCACACACAGACUGGUUCGAUUGCAUAUCUGGGGUGAAACAGGGGUGCACGUUAUCACCGACGUUAUUUGCCGUCUUCGCCAAUGACCUAGUAAAGGAAAUAAAUGACUUACAGUGUGGCGUCACCAUCGGGGAACACCAGGUGUCCAUUCUCAUGUACGCUGAUGACAUUGUUCUAACCGCAGACUCUGAACAAAACCUACAAGCAAUGCUCGACAUUUUGAACAUCUGGUGCAAACGCUGGCGUGUAAUCAUAAACACGUCAAAAUCGAAAUGUAUGCACUUCCGGAAAGCACGCACUCAACGAACACAGUUUAUCUUCCGUAUUGGUGAUAAUGAAAUAGAAAUAGUGGACAAAUAUAAGUAUCUAGGCAUCAUUUUCCAAGACAGAGGCGAUUUCUCAACCACAUGUGAGGGGCUUUCAAAGGGGGGAGGUAGAGCUCUUGGAAGUGUUAUAAGUAAGAUACACCCCUUGAAAGACAUUUCCUUUAAACCAUAUGAGAAACUCUAUAACGCUUGUGUUGUGCCCGUCAUGGAUUAUUGCAGCUCAGUGUGGGGGUACAAACAAUAUCAACCAUCGGAUAAUGUGCAGAACCGCGCUAUGAGGUACGCCCUUGGCGUCCAUCGCUUCGCGCCGAUCCCGGCGCUGACAGGGGACACUGGAUGGAUACCCACCCGUUAUCGCCGCUGGAGUAAUAUGCUACGCCUGUGGAAUAGACUUGUUCUCAUGGACCGUGACCGACUGUGCGCCCAGGUGUUUGAAAUUGACUAUAGAAAAUGUACCGCUAACUGGUCAAGCGAGGUGAAGGACAUCAUGGACAAAAUAGGAAUAUCUGACAGUUUCAAUGCAAAACAGCCUGUUGAUAUUAAGAACGCGCAUUCGCUGAUCAAGGACUAUUAUGUUAACAUUUGGUUACAGGAUAUAAGAUCUAUGCCGAAAUUACGAACGUACCGUGAAUUUAAACAAGAAUUCAAGUGUGAAACCUAUCUGAGUAUGGACCUUAAGAAAAAUGAACGUUCAUUAUUGGCUCAGUGUAGGACUGGUAUAUUACCACUGAGAUUAGAGACCGGUCGUUAUUUAGGGGAACCAGUGGACUCUAGAACGUGUAGGCUAUGUAACUCUGGAGAAGUUGAGAACGAGUGUCAUUUCAUAUUUCAAUGUUCUCUGUAUAAUGAACUGAGAAAUACCUACCUUGGUAAUAUCAUAUCACGUGACAGUUUUGUAAAUAUCUCCGAUCAAGACAAACUUGUUUUACUUAUGAAGGACUAUGUGAGACAAUUAUCCAAGUAUAUUGUUAGUGCUUUCACUCUGAGAAAAACCACACUGUUUGCUUAA